CACCAAACACACUUCUCUCUCCCAGAUCUGUCUCAAACACCUUUUUUUUUCGAUCCAAUCUCAAAACCUCAGAGCUAUGGCUACCAACUGGAAACUCGAUGACCAUCCCAAGCUCCCCAAGGGCAAGACCGUCGCCAUGAUCGUCUUAGAUGGCUGGGGUGAAUCUGCCCCUGAUGAGUACAACUGCAUCCACACCGCUCCAACUCCCACCAUGGAUUCUCUUAAAAACGGACGUCCUGAUACAUGGACGUUGAUCAAAGCUCAUGGAACAGCUGUUGGGCUCCCCAGCGAGGACGAUAUGGGAAACAGUGAGGUUGGUCACAACGCUCUCGGUGCUGGUCGUAUCUUCGCUCAAGGUGCUAAGCUUUGCGACAUUGCUCUUGCUUCCGGCAAAAUCUUUGACGGUGAAGGUUUCAAGUACGUCUCUGAAUCUUUCGAGAAGAACACUUUGCACUUCGUUGGUCUUCUCAGCGACGGUGGAGUCCACUCUCGUCUCGACCAGCUCCAAUUGCUGAUCAAGGGUUCUGCUGAACGUGGUGCCAAGAGAAUCCGUGUCCACAUUCUCACUGACGGUCGUGAUGUUUUGGAUGGUUCAAGUGUCGGAUUCGUGGAGACUCUUGAAGCCGACCUCGCUAAGUUGCGUGAGAACGGUGUGGAUGCUCAGAUUGCUUCCGGUGGAGGUCGUAUGUACGUGACCUUGGACCGUUACGAGAACGACUGGGGUGUCGUGAAGCGUGGAUGGGAUGCUCAGGUGCUCGGAGAAGCUCCCCACAAGUUCAAAAACGCUGUUGAAGCUGUCAAGACGCUGAGGAAGGAGCCUGGCGCUAACGACCAGUACUUGCCUCCGUUUGUGAUUGUUGAUGAGGCAGGGAAAGCUGUUGGUCCGAUCGUGGACGGUGAUGCGGUUGUCACCUUCAACUUCAGGGCUGACCGUAUGGUGAUGCACGCCAAGGCGCUUGAGUAUGAGGACUUUGACAAGUUUGACCGUGUGAGGUUCCCUAAGAUACGUUACGCUGGUAUGCUUGAGUAUGAUGGAGAGCUAAAGCUUCCGAGCCGUUACCUUGUCUCUCCCCCGGAGAUUGAUAGAACCUCUGGUGAAUAUUUGACUCACAAUGGCGUCAGUACUUUUGCUUGCAGUGAGACGGUCAAGUUUGGGCAUGUGACAUUCUUCUGGAAUGGAAACCGAUCUGGAUAUUUCAACGAGAAACUGGAGCAGUAUGUUGAAAUCCCAAGUGACAGUGGAAUCUCGUUCAAUGUCAAGCCAAAGAUGAAGGCUUUGGAGAUUGCUGAGAAGGCAAGGGACGCAAUUCUAAGUGGCAAGUUUGAUCAGGUGCGAGUUAACUUGCCAAACAGUGAUAUGGUUGGACAUACAGGUGACAUUGAUGCCACGGUUGUUGCUUGCGAGGCUGCUGAUGUUGCUGUCAAGAUGAUCCUGGAUGCAAUUGAACAAGUGAAAGGUAUUUACGUUGUGACUGCUGAUCACGGAAACGCAGAGGACAUGGUUAAGAGGGAUAAGGCAGGGAAGCCUGCUUUGGACAAGGAAGGGAACCUUCAGAUUCUAACCUCUCACACUCUCAAGCCAGUCCCUAUUGCCAUUGGAGGUCCAGGAUUGUCUGAAGGAGUGAGAUUCCGUAAGGAUCUGGAGACACCAGGACUUGCGAAUGUAGCUGCUACCGUGAUGAACCUCCAUGGAUUUGUAGCUCCCGCUGACUACGAGCCCACCCUCAUUGAAGUUGUGGAGAAGAACUGAGAGCCUCUUAGCUUUUGAAGAGACGGCUGAAAGAAACUCUGAAAACUAUGUUAUAUUGCUUUCCAUUUAAUAAGGUUUACACACAAGACAAUCAUUUUUGAUGUUGCCUUUUGGCCACCAAACACAUUGAUUUUGGUUUAAAUGAUAUUUAAGCUUUUUCCU